AUGGUGAUGUUCACAUCUGAUGUUGCCUCUGUGAUGUUGGGCAGACUCAAUGGUGUGGCUGCUCAGCUGAAACGUGAUAUUCCACACUUAGUCCAGCAACAUUGCAUUGCACACCGGGAAGUCUUGGGAAUUUCUGAUGCAUGGAAAGAGGUCAAGCUGAUAAGAGACAUCGAAACCUUAAUGAGAACUGUCCACACGGUGUUCUGUUGGUCAUCUAGGAGAAAAUGCAAAUUUCAGGAAAUAGUGGAUGCUUCUGAAUGUGAGUCAGUGGCUAUCAGGCCACUCAAUGAAGUGCGCUGGUUAUCUAGGCACUUUGCACUUCGAGCAAUUAUUUGCAACUAUAAUCCUCUUCUGGAAUAUUUUGAGCAAGACAAAGAUACUGAUCCAGUUUCUAAAUACUGCCACAAAAAGCUGAAUACCAUGGAAUACCGAAUAACAUUAGAAGUUAUGAAAGAUGUUUUGUCGGAGCUGGCUUCACUAUCCACACUGCUCCAGAACGGGGCCUUACACCUCUUGAAGCAUUUCACCUCGCACGAGCUAUUGCUGCAAGAACACUUUUCACAACAACUCAUGAACAACAAAAUUCUACUGUCUGAAUGUGGCGAAAAAGUUUGCUACCCACGACUUGGCUGCUUUUCAGAUAAACCGCCGUGGGCUGGAAUACCAGGGAGAUUUCUGGGAGGUUUACCCGACUCUCCAGAGAGUAUGAACAUCAGCUUCACCCUUUACACUAAAGAAACUAGAAAUAACUCUCAAGUGAUCUCUGCAAUACAUCCCUCAACUAUCAAAGACUCACAUUUCUGCUCACAUAGGAAAACUCGCUUCAUUGUUCAUGGAUUCAUGAGCACCGGAAAACGUGGCUGGGUGGUAAAGAUGUGCUUGCUGCUAGUGGAAGUGGAAGAUGUGAACUGCAUUGCCGUGGACUGGGCAGAAGGUGCAAAAGGCUUAUACAUCAGUGCAGUGAACAACAUCCGUGUUGUUGGGGCGGAGAUUGCUUAUUUCAUAAAUACUCUUAUGAAAAUGUUUCGAUACUGCCCUUCUCAUAUCCAUAUCAUCGGCCAUAGUCUGGGUGCACAUGUUGCAGGAGAAGCGGGAAGAAGAAUACGAGGCAUCAAAAGAAUAACCGGCUUGGACCCCGCUGGGCCCCUUUUUGAAGGUACUCCGCCAAAAGUCAGAUUGGACCCUACGGAUGCAAGAUUUGUUGACGUUAUUCAUAGUAAUGCUGCUCAAUUUCCUACUGUAGGAGUUGGAAUAGUUAAUACCUCUGGCCACCUUGACUUUUACCCAAAUGGAGGAAGUAUUAUGCCUGGAUGCGAUGAUGUAAUUAUUCCAGUGACUAAAAAAGGUUGGAGCCACAAAAUAUCUAUCAAGCUGUCUGGCACGACGAAAGUGAGGGGGGAACUAAACAUAGUUUUCCAUGGCACAGACAAGUUCACAAAGCAGUACCAAAUUAUCUGUGGACUCCUUCAUCAAGGUAACAUUUAUUCAAAGUACGUCGAUGUUGAAAUUAACCCUAGAAAUAUUACGAAGAUUGAAUUUCUCUGGAAUAAGAAUAUAUUUACUCUGCUUUGGGCCCAACUGGGAGCAGAAAUGGUCCACAUAAUCAAUGAAGAAGAUGGACAUGUGUAA